UCGUGUGGCUGGACGGUCGGCCACGUUCCCGAUCGGUGGCGUAAUCGCGCGUGCAACAACAACAAUAAUAAUAAUAAUAAUAUUAUAAUAUUGUUGUGAUCUUAUACGAUCUUACGGCGCGAUACGACCGCGGAGCCCGUGUUAUGACUACAACUCAUAACAACUAUUAUCGCUUUGUGCUGUUAUAUAUUUACGKCCGAAACCGGUUGUGCUUCAGAGGGGAUCGCGGAUUCGCGGCGGCGGUGGAGGUGCGCGCGAAAGGCCUCGCGUUCUGGGUUUUCAAAUUUCCACCACUACUACCGAGUGCCAAUGAUUGCGACGAGUCGACGACUGAAUAGUGAAUAAUAUUAUUGUUACGUACCUAUCCACCUACCUACCUAUAGGCGCCGAAUAGUAGAAUAGCGACGAUUCACGAUUGACGAAAUAUUUCACUAGUCGUCGUACACACGUAGUUCGUGUCUGUGUGUCGUAGUGUAUUGUGCUGCACGCGGUCCGCGUUUCUUCCCGACGGUAAAACCACUAAAACCUAACAUAAUAUUGCCACUUUGUUUUGUAAAAUACCUGCGAGUUAAUACAACGAUUUAAUUUCGCUGUUAAACUUUUUAUGGUCGCUAAUCGACAAAUAAUAGUCCACCGAAUACCACCGAAACCUACCAAGCUGCGUCGUCGUGUCGCAUUUCGUUUGCAGUUGACUGACUGACGCACGUCCGAUUUUUUAGYUUUCUGUCUUCUCGGCGACACGGAACUUCGCAUUUACGCACUGACCGACCCUCACGAAUGUGAUAUUAUUACGAUGUACGACGUCUAAACGGCGUACAACGAACAGAUGAUGAUUCUGCUUCGGCCUCCGUGCAUCUCAUUGUACCCGGAACUAGGCAGWUCUAGUCGGAGGAUCAUGUCCGCRCCGGAAGCUCCAAAGUUGUCUCAGGGAUGAAUGCGCCCCAGUCAUCGUUCCAUCGACAGCGAUGCGCACACCGAGUUCGUUGAAGAAAUGCCGCUAUUUGCGUACCACAGACUGCCCAAAAUGAACUGGUUUAUGCACAUCAUUAUACUUCAAGUACUUCUUGGUCAAGUAUUAUCAGACUUGUUGUGUUUAAGUAGUGAUAAAUGCACAUGUAAGCAUGAUAUUUACAAUGAAGAAAUACAAGUGGCAUGUGGGUUGUCAACUGUAGAAUCCAAUUUGAUAGAAUCCAUUAUUAAAAUUGAAUGUAAUUCAGAUAAAAUACAAUGGGAACAACAUUUUGAUCAAAUUGAUAUCAAAACUUUACAUUACGCAAAAUGCCUAUUAUCCGAUACAGGAAUUCAUCAAACCAUUUCAACACUUGGCAUUAAUAAAGUUCAAACAUUGAAGCUAGUUUCUAUGAAACUCGAUGGUAGUCUGAAAAAUACUUACUUUUUGAACUUGGAGAGUGUACAGACUUUAGAUAUUAGUCUUACCAAAUUAAUAUUAACCAAUGAAUCGUUUGAAGGAACACCACAUCUAACAAAGUUAUAUCUCAGACAAAACUACUUAGAAGAAAUACCUGAGGGUGUGUUCAAACCCCUUACUCAUUUAGAAAUAUUAGAUUUAGGAGAUAAUAAGAUAACCAAAAUAAAUAGUGAUGUAUUUUAUGGUAUUCCAUUGAAAGGUUUGAAUUUGGACUCAAAUUAUUUAACAUCUUUGGAUUUAAAUGCUAAGAGUCUGAAGCAUUUGGAUGUAGCCAACAAUAGAAUUACUUCUAUAACUGUUGGACGUCUCAAUCAACUUCUGGAUAUAUCAUUAAAUAAAAAUUUUUUAGUAACAAUGCCUGAUCAAACAUUUAAGAAUACUUCUUUAGAGUCUAUCAGAUUCAGCUAUGGUAACUUUAGCACUAUACCUCAUAAUUUUUUAACAAAUUUAGACCGACUACUUUCUGUUUAUCUGAGGUCUUUAAACAUAGAAAGGGUACCUGAAAAUAUGAUCUGGAAUUCAUCAAAUAUUACAGAAUUAUCAUUAACUUCAAAUCGUUUAAAUGAACUACCAGUGAUGUUUUUUCGGGAUGCUGGAAAAAUGAAAUUGUUAGAUUUAUCUAACAAUCGAAUUGAAAACAUCAAUCGUGAAUUACUGAGACCAUUAAUACAUUUAGAAACCUUAAAUUUAUCCAAUAAUUUGAUAGUCCAAAUUAAUCACUACGGUCUAAGGUUCUUAAGAAACUUAAAGUACCUCAAUUUGGAAAGAAAUAGGAUAACAAAUUUUGAACGAGAAGCAUUAAAUGUUCCAAAAUUGAAAACAUUGAAACUGGCAUAUAAUAAAAUAAGUAACUUGAUCUCAAAUCAUUCAUUUUCAUUACAUUAUUUGGAGAAUGUUGAAACUAUUGAUUUAUCAAACAAUUUCAUAAAUUGUAUUGAUCCUGGUUGGGUAAAUCUGGUUAAGUUGAUUAAUAUUAAUCUAUCCAGUAAUAACUUUACUGUACUAAGAGUACAAGAUAUACAGUACAUUAAUGAAAUUGUAAAAACUAAUCUAAACAAUAAUCCUUUAGAGGAAAUUGAUUUAUCAAGUUUAGAAAUAUUUGCUAGAGCUCAAAGGCCACCAUACAAUUUCUGGAAUAAUAGACAAAUAAAUUUAUCAAGUGAUAAAUUUAUUUGUGAUUGUCGUAAUUAUGAAUUUGCAAGAUUYUUACAUAACCAAAUGCCAAAAAUAGUGUACAAGUUUUUACAAAUUGAACAAAAAUUGAUUUGUAACGAUGGCUUACAUACAGAAUUUUCAAAUGUGAAUAUUGAAAGUUUAACAUGUGACUGGAAACUUUUUAAUGAUGUAAACAAGACUGAUUGUUUCGAAUGUGAGUGUACUUACCGUCCUCAUGAUAAUUCUGCCCUGAUGAAUUGUUCAAAUAGAAAUUUAAUAUUGGCACCCGAAGUAAUAAUUUCAAGUAGAAAUGUUAAUUAUACAGAACUGAAUUUAAGGAAUAAUUCUAUCACCAAGUUACCAAAUUAUGAACAUUUAAAUAUCAAAAAGUUAGAUGUUGGUUAUAACAAUUUAAAUACCAUUAACAUUACACAGUUACCCAAAAAUCUUAUGGAAUUACACCUGGAAAAUAAUAAUCUUACAAUGAUUAGUGAGACGAAUUUGAACAAUACAUUACCCAACAUAAAUAUCUUAACAAUGAAUAGUAAUUCAUGGAUAUGUGAUUGUGAUUCUAAGAAUACUAUCAAUUUUAUUCACAAAUAUUCAUCUAAGAUUUUUGAUUUAGCCAACAUCACCUGCCAUCAAUCAUCAACUCUGUUAUACACUCUGACUGCGGAAGAAGUAUGUCAAGAAAAAUUAAAUACUUCCACGAUUAUUGUUGUAUCCAUGUUUUUAGCUGUUUUUAGUUUAGUAUUAGGUUUGUUAUGGAUUUUAUAUAGUAACAACAAGACUAAAAUUAAAAUAUGGUUGUAUUCUCAUAACAUAACAUGGCCAAUAUCUGAAGAAUCUCUUGACCAAGAUAAAAAAUACGAUGCAUUUAUUAGUUUCUCUCACAAAGACGAGGAACUAGUUGCAAAGCAUUUAGUCCCAGGCUUGGAAGGAGGCAGCUCACCAUUUAAACUUUGUCUUCACUACAGAGACUGGGUAGUCGGUGAUUGGAUUCCUGCCCAAAUUGCUCGUUCAGUUGAUGAAUCUCGAAGAACUAUUAUUGUACUGUCAAAACAUUUUUUAGAGAGUGUUUGGGGCCGUACAGAGUUCAGGACAGCUUAUUCUAGUGCUCUGAAYGAACGGCGUAGUCGUAUAAUUGUUAUACUUUAUGGAGACAUAUCAACUAAAGAUUUAGAUCCAGAGUUAAAAGCAUAUCUAUCCAUGAACACUUAUAUUAAAUGGGGAGAUAGUUGGUUUUGGGAGAAAUUGAGAUAUGCUCUUCCCCAUAGACCAGAGACAAAACACAAAACUAGAGCUAAGAUAAUAGUACCCGAUAAAUUAAAUUCUGUUUUAUUAACAUAACUUUUAUUUGAUAAUCAACAACUUGUUUUAAUUAUAUUAUAUGA